UAUGGGAGUUCCGCCAUGAUGAUGAAACGCGAGCGUGCUUCCCGCCUUCCCGAACUGGGCAUGCGCAGAACGUGGCCACGCCCCCUUCCCUGUUUGAGAUCGACGGCCGGCGGAGACGAGAGGAUUUCCCUCAGGAUGGCCGAAGAGGCGCGGGAGAGGUUCCUCGGAGCCCGGGGCAGGACUUUGGCUCCUUUCCGGGAAGAUGCAGAGCGAGAAUGGAAGACCCCUUUCUACUUCAUUCAAGGAGCCGAUCCGCAGUUUGGAUUGAUGAAAGCUUAUGCCAUUGGCGACUGCAGUAGUGGAGGCGACGAAUGGGAAGAGGAGCUCAAAUUAACCCAGCAAGCCGUGCAAGCCAUUAACCAACUGAACCCUAAACCAAAAUUCUUGGUCCUGUGCGGAGAUCUUGUCCAUGGCAUGCCAGGCACACCGUGGAGGGAGGCGCAGAUACGUGACCUGAAGAACGUCCUGAAGGAGGUCAACCCCGAAAUCCCUCUUGUUUUUGUGAGUGGCAACCACGACCUGGGAAACACACCAACUCCAGAAACCGUCCAGAGCUAUUGCAGCCAGUGGGGCGACGAUUACUUCAGCUUUUGGCUGGGAGGGGCCUUCUUCCUGGUGCUAAAUUCUCAGCUUUACUUCGAUGGCUCUCAGUGCCCGGAACUGAAGCAAGCCCAGGACGCCUGGCUCGACCAGCAGCUCGGCAUCGCCAAAGGAAAGCCAUGCCAACACGCCGUGGUGUUCCAGCACAUCCCCCUCUUCGUGAGAGAUCCAGCGGAAGAUCACGACUAUUUCAACCUGGAGUUGUCCAUCCGGCAAGAACUCUUGGAGAAAUUCCACAAAGCAGGUGUCAGAGCGGUGUUUUCCGGCCAUUGCCACAAGAACGCUGGAGGAUUCUAUAAAGACCUGGAGAUGGUGGUUUCGUCGGCCAUCGGGUGCCAGUUGGGAGAGGACACCCACGGACUCCGGCUGGUGGCCGUCACUGCCGAAAAGGUUGCUCACAGAUACUACACUCUGGAUGAACUGAAAAACAGUCAUGGCGUAGGGAAAGAUAUUGCGGAUCUCAUGAAGCAAAAGUAGGCCUUUCCUUCCUUGGCCAAAGCUCUGUGCCAUAGACUAGGCCUGGGCCAACUUUGGCCCUCCCUCCAGGUGUUUUGGACUCCAACUCCCACAAUCCCUAACAGCCUCAGGCCCCUUCCUUUCCCCCUCAGCCACUUAAGUGACAUGCAUCCAACCUCCACUGAGGUGUAAAGCAGACUGACUACAAAACGGAGUCCUGAGUCUGAACAUGCUCAGUACAAUCAAAUGUCUAUAACCUCUCCCGCACCACACACUUACUCCACUGAGGUGUAAAGCCGACUGACUACAAAACGGAGUCCUGAGUCUGAACAUGCUCAGUACAAUCAAAUGUCUAUAACCUCUCCCGCACCACACACUUACUCCACUGAGGUGUAAAGCCGACUGACUACAAAACGGAGUCCUGAGUCUGAACAUGCUCAGUACAAUCAAAUGUCUAUAACCUCUCCCGCACCACACACUUACUCCACUGAGGUGUAAAGCCGACUGACUACAAAACGGAGUCCUGAGUCUGAACAUGCUCAGUACAAUCAAAUGUCUAUAACCUCUCCCGCACCACACACUUACUCCACUGAGGUGUAAAGCCGACUGACUACAAAACGGAGUCCUGAGUCUGAACAUGCUCAGUACAAUCAAAUGUCUAUAACCUCUCCCGCACCACACACUUACUCCACUGAGGUGUAAAGCCGACUGACUACAAAACGGAGUCCUGAGUCUGAACAUGCUCAGUACAAUCAAAUGUCUAUAACCUCUCCCACACCACACACUUACUCCACUGAGGUGUAAAGCCGACUGACUACAAAACGGAGUCCUGAGUCUGAACAUGCUCAGUACAAUCAAAUGUCUAUAACCUCUCCCGCACCACACACUUACUCCACUGAGGUGUAAAGCCGACUGACUACAAAACGGAGUCCUGAGUCUGAACAUGCUCAGUACAAUCAAAUGUCUAUAACCUCUCCCGCACCACACACUUACUCCACUGAGGUGUAAAGCCGACUGACUACAAAACGGAGUCCUGAGUCUGAACAUGCUCAGUACAAUCAAAUGUCUAUAACCUCUCCCGCACCACACACUUACUCCACUGAGGUGUAAAGCCGACUGACUACAAAACGGAGUCCUGAGUCUGAACAUGCUCAGUACAAUCAAAUGUCUAUAACCUCUCCCGCACCACACACUUACUCCACUGAGGUGUAAAGCCGACUGACUACAAAACGGAGUCCUGAGUCUGAACAUGCUCAGUACAAUCAAAUGUCUAUAACCUCUCCCGCACCACACACUUACUCCACUGAGGUGUAAAGCCGACUGACUACAAAACGGAGUCCUGAGUCUGAACAUGCUCAGUACAAUCAAAUGUCUAUAACCCUGCCCAUAUACCACACACUUAAGGGGCAGAGGGAGAAAAGGAAAGGGCCUGAGGCUGUUAGGAAUGGUGGGAGUUGCAGUCCAAAACACCUGGAGGGAGGGCCGAAGUUGGCCCAGGCCUGCCAUAAAUGUAUAUGCAGCAAUAUGCCCAACAUGCAUAGAUUUUAUUUACUUUGUAAUAUUUCUAUAAUGAAGAUAUUCUGAGAAUGCUGUCUUCUCAA